UCAUAUUAAAAACUCUUUUCGCAUUUCCAUCUAGUAGCUUUCAGUGAAACUCUGAAAGUGUCCGAACCAAUGAAGAAUCGAACAAGCUCAGCUACAGCGCCUAGCAACCCCCCAUUGACACCCAGAAGCCUUAUUGACAAAACCUUUUUUUCAGGUUGUUUUUCAGUCACUUCUUUAGUCCUGCAAAGGUUUUUGCGCUAAAAACACCUCACAAUGCCCCCCAAGAAGAAAGGCGGAGGAAAGGGCGGACUGGGAACCAUAAUUGAUGGCGUGGAUACGACUCAGAUGACCAGAGAACAACUGGAAGUGUUUUGCCUGAGGAUCAAAGAGGAAAAUGAGCGCGAAAGGGAGGAGCGGAACUUUUUCCAGAUGGAAAGGGACAAGUUGCGCACUUUUUGGGAAAUCACCAGAAAUGAGCUGGAGGAGGCCAGGGCCAAGCUAAGAAACAAGGACCGACAAAUUGAAGAAUCAGCGGAAAAAAACGACGACGAACUGAAGUUCUACAAGCAAAAAGUGAAACAUCUGCAGUACGAGCAUCAGAACAAUUUGACUGAAUGUAAAGCUGAAGCACUGGUUUCCUUGAAGAACGCCCAAGAUGCGCAUACUGAGCAAGAGAAGGAGCUGCUCAAAGACAAGAAGAACUUGAAGAUGCAGCUGCGAGAGCAGGGGAAUUCCUAUGAGGAUCAAAUCAAAAACAUGAAAAUGGAAAACGAGAAGCAGAUCAGCGUGGCUCGCAGUGAGUUUGAGGAAAAGGCCAAAGAGCUAGAGCUGAAAUACGACAGGAAGUUCUACGAUUUGAGGGUGCAAUUGAACACCAAGCACGACAUGGAAAUUUCCGAGGUGGAGGAACGGAAAAACAACCACAUCACCGAGCUGAAAAAACACCACGACAAAGCGUUCAACGAAAUGAAAAACUACUACAACGACAUCACGCUGAACAAUCUGGCUUUGAUCAGCAGCCUCAAGGACCAGAUGGAAGUUCUGCGGAAGCAGAACGAGCGCAUGAACAAGCAGGUGGCCGAUUUGACCACGGAAAACAAAAAGCUGGUGCUUCCCUUAAAGCAAGCCCUCGAUGACGUGCGGGAGUACAAGAGGCAGCUGCAGAACUACGAAAAGGAUAAAAUCUCGUUGGCGAAUACCAAAGCGAAGCUCAAUAAAACAACCAAAGAACUGGAAGACUUGCGCUGGUCUAACGACGCCUUAGGGCUGAGGUUUGCAAAGCUGCAAGAAGAACGCGAUGAGCUGCACGAUCGGUUCGUCACAGCCAUUCUGGAGGUCCAGCAGAAAACUGGGGUGAAGAACAUUCUGCUUCAGAAGCGCAUCCAGACUCUGAGCCAAAUCACUGAGCACCGGGACGUUGUUAUUGGUGAACUCACCUCGGUGAUGAGACAAUCUCCCGAUAGAACCAAUAAGAACUUGGAGGAAAUUCUGACAAAGAAAAACGCCGCCAUAAGCGACUUGCAGUAUGAAUUGGCGCGGGUUUGUAAGGCGCACGACGAUCUUCUGGCCACUUUUGAGGAGAAACUCAAACUGUAUGGAAUACCGAAGUCCGAGCUGGGAUUCACGCCUUUGAGGAUGAUCCCACAAGGACAGGCCGGACUGGCCAGAGGACCCGCCGGGCUGGUCACUCAAAACAAGUGAUUGGUUACUCAAAGAAUAUACUUUUUAUACCCGAGAUCCAUGAGACUUUACUCAACCAAAAAAACGAAAAUUCAAUAUUUGCUGGGCAAAUAUUGAGACAUUUUUUUGUUCCUUUCACUGUUCACUUCUUCCAAUAAUUUCGUGAUUUCUUUCUUGUGA